AUGUCUCGAACACGCCAGCCGUUGUCUUCCCAAUCCCGGCCCCAGACGACGACGGAAAUACACGAUUCUAACACUCUUCGUGUUUCGAGGACCCUUCGACUAAGAGGCGAGGACAUCUCGUCGACUAGCGCCGACCCCUCUCCCGCUCGCCACAUCCGAUGGAGUGAGGACGUCGUCGAUAAUGAAGGGAUGGGGAAGAAAAGCUCGAAAGACCCGUGGGCGAGAGCAGUUCCGAAUCGGAGUCGUCGGAUUCCAGCUCGUCGGAUUCGGACAGCGACAACGACCUCGGCCCUCGCACGAACCGAGCAAAUCGCGCACAUCACUCACACACUCGUGGGCGAGGCCCACCACCUGGACGGCCAUCAGAAGGGUGCUCGGACCAGGGUCCCAAUGCUUGUUGUUCAGAACAUCAUAAACCGAAGAGCAAGAAAAGGAAGCCGAGCCCAAAUGCAUACGAGAAAAUGCCUAAACCGUCUAAAAGCCAUUCGAAAGGCACCUGAGGCGAAGGAAAUAUAUGAGUCUCAAGCCGCUUGGCUGCUGGACUCGACCCUCCACAGCAUUGUUUCAGCUUGUUCACAUCCAACACCGGGAGAUUCGCGGUAUUAG